AUGAACAAUGUUCCCAACAUCAGCAUGCCCAACAGGCCGCCAAUCCUUCCGACGCCGCAAGCCAUGCUUCAGAUCAAUGCAUCACAGAUCAAUUCACAACAGCCCAACGAUUUGAGGAAGACAUACGCAUAUGCCAAGUUGGAGGGGCCAAGGCUAAAGCACUUCAUCGUCACGUCCUCUGUCGUGCUAGGUCGAAACAGGAUGGUGCAGAAAGGCACGAACAAGCGCAAACUUGGCGAGAUGCAGGCAAGCAAUCAGGAUGACUCGGAUACAGUCAGCGAUAGCUUUGUGGGGCUGGGAUGGAAUACCAACAUAUCGAAGAGGCACAUUGAAAUCAUGUUUGACUUCCGCAAGCGCAGCUGGGUUUUGCUCUGCUACGGCAAGAAUGGCGUCUGGAUCGAUUCAACCUUUGUAGAUCAGGUUCCCGGAGCUCACUUCUUCUACUUCUUGUGCCCUGCGAACGCUACGGGGAGGUCGAGUGAGAAGCUCGUCGGCAUCGGAAGUGCAUGGAGGUGGGAGGGCUUCGGAGGAGGCUCAGCUCUCCUCCAGGUGCUGGCGACAAGCAAGGACAGGAGGGCGAGUAUGGUGGAGAUAGUCGAGAGCAUCAAGAAGAAAUUCCCCUUCUACGGCAAACAACCGGACGCGCUGCUGAACAACGCCGUGAAGCAGUGUUUGACCAACAACAAGUGCUUCUCCAUGGUCGUCAGUGACCAGCACGAGGACAACCACCAGGCCGCCACAUGGACUGUCGAUGCUUUGGCACUCGCUGAGCUGCUCGCCGAGAAAGCCAUCGAACAUCCAGAGAGAACACUAGCUCCUGCUCCUCCUCCAGCACCUACAACCUUCACCCCCAAGACUGAAGCGACGGCGACGGUGAUGCUCGAGGGAGAGCUGGGCGGCUGA